AUGAGUCCCCGGUACAAACCGCAACGGAUGGCUGGCUGGCUGGCUGGUUUAGUCACCGGUUGUUUCACCAAGGCUUUCCUCAUACCUACGAAGUCUGCUCCGCCGGCUUGGCUUGUAGCGCUGAACCCCGGACGUCCGAGCCAGGACGGAGGAUUCCUACGAGCUGCCCAAGACGGCAAUUUACCAGAAUCUUCUUUUCUUUUCUUUCUUCCUCGCGCAGCUCGGCGAUCGAUGCAGCGAGCUUUGGUCGGUUGGACAGAUAGACAGACAGAAGAAAGGCUGAGACGCACCAGCGAUCCCGCAUAUCCAAACUCCAAAGGGGGCAUACAUAGAACAAGCGCUGAGCUGGAGCGAAGGUUCCCGGUUGCCGGCGACUGCUAG